AUGACGACAACAACAACUAUCAAUAGUGAAUUUGAAGGGAUAUGGACAUUAUGGUCAGGUGGUUUUCAAAUUGAUCAUGCUCACUCGUUUACUUCAAUGCUACGAUUAAAUUAUUUUCGUCAAGUAGAUUUACCUCAAUCUUUAUUUUUUCGUGUUGUUGUUACCUUAAAAUCUGCUACAUUUUUGUACAAAUUAAAGAUUCUAAUUGUAUACCUCCAUUUCGUUUUGAAAAUAUUAGUGGAAUAUCUGUUUACUAUUGUCAACUAG